AUGGCCGAAAAUGAAGGAAUCAAGGAAUGGGUCGAGGGAUUCGACGAGACAGGCAAGCCAUUGGAAAGAAUUACAAAGUCAGACCACUUGCAGGAUUUGCAGAGAAAGAUGAAAAAGGAGGAGGUGGAUCUCAAUAAGUUGCUCCAGAAGGAGGAACUGGAGAUGCUCGAACUCCAGAACAAAUUGAAGGAUUGCAACGACGAGUUCACUGAGGAGAGGCAGCAGUACGAUGAGCUGAGGCAGCAGCAAAGAGUGACACUGGACACAGACCAGAAAAUUAGAAUCCAAAGCGUUACGAGAGAGACUAUCGAUCGGUUCUUGCGCAGACGACCCAAGAACGAGGAUGAGCAGAUGAUGGUCGAUGUACAUUUUCUCACGGGCACAGAAACGACCGGCUUCAAUCUUCACAUAAAUGGAGAGGGAGCAGGAUCCAGAGAUGCUAAAUUUCUUGUUCAUCUUAACGAGAAGGUCGAAAGCCUCGGGAAGCAAGCUGCCAAAUACUGGGGCCUCGAUCCCGACAAGGUUUUCUUCCUCGAUGGAGACGGGCGCAUUGUGCUUGACAACAUGGACCUGGUCGACAUCAUUCUGCCUCCUGUGCCGCCAUCUCAAUCUGCAUCAGCCAGUUUCAAGAACUCUGCUAGUUCGAGCUCUGUGGCCGUGGUUGAUGAUGCCUCACCGGGUAAAGAAGGUGAGGCCCCUCGUGAACGAGACUUUUGGAUGGUCAAAGGCCGUAAUUAUUGCUUGACGCUCGUGCGUGCUAGCACUGUGCUCAGCAAAGAGGACUUGAACAGGCCGAAGGGAGAGAAAUGGGAGGAUUUCACUUUCAAUGAGCGGCAGCUGGAGAAGGAGUUGGAGAAUGCUCGCAAGAAGCGGGGAGGCGAUGACUCCGAGGCGGCCAAAGUGAACAUGGACGUCAUCCCCUCCUUGAACGACCUCAUGCAGCAGGGCCAGGAGAAGAAGCGAAAAAAAAGGGCCGAUGCGAGGUUUCGGCUCUUGGAGUUCAGCGUGUUCCUCUUGUGCCAGCUCGUGUUCCUUCUCUCCAUGAUCCAGCCUGGCAUCAUGAACCCUAGCUUGUUGAUGGCUUCGAACAACGUCGAACGAAUCUUUUCGAACUUCACAGAAUCCGACAACUCUUCAGCUUUUGUUCCCACGUCUCCGACAUUCUAUGACAUCGUAACUGCGCAGCAGUACUGGCAAUGGCUCACAGGGCCGGUCCAGCGCACUUUGUUAGAUGGAACGUCAUUGGCAUCUUCCAUGCAAAUCGACAUUCUGAGGACUUUAACAACGCGUUUUGUGGCCCAGGCCUCCAGUGGAACUUCGCCACUGUUUCCCACAUACACGUUCUGUGACGGGACAGCUGCUUCGAACACAUCGAACGCAAGCAACGCGACGCUGCCAGAAUCGACGGGGGCGACAUCGACUUCAACGCAAACACCAUCGGCUUUCACAGUGACAGCGACAUCAACAUCCACAUCAACACAGUCAUCCUCAACGUUCACAGUGUCAGCGACGUCAACGUCAACACAAACAUCUUCCACCAGAAUCUUUACAGUCUCAGCCACUGUGACAUCAACGCAGACCUCAACCCGAACUUCGACAGCUGUACAAAACACUGCGACGACAACCACAACUAGCACGAGUGUCUCCAUACCCAACCCAGUCGUGGUCAGCCCAGCAGAUAUUUCUUGCAUUCCAGAGCAGUUCAGGUCCUGUCCAAAUCUUCGCGCCAUGCACAUCCUUGGAAAAGGACAAGAGCUGGGUCAUGAGGUGCCUGCUUGUUCGCCCAUCUAUGACAUCAACGUCCCUGGAGCUUACCUGGCUUCGCUCACUCAUUCGCAGGUCUUUUCCUUUGCUCAGGGUAAGAUUGGCACCUACUUCGAUGGCGAACGGUCAUACCUCGAUGUCACCAACGGCACUGAGGCCUUUCUGGCAUCUUUGGAGACUUUGACUGCCAGCCCCAGCGAGCCCUUCACCUUCCAGGGAUCGGCACAGCAGCUGACGAUUGUCGUCUACGGGGCGACGCCGAAUGCGAUUUUCAUCUUUCACUUCCUGGUGGAGAACAGCCUUUCAGGAGGCUUAGUUCCGACGAUUCACAAAGACGUUUUCCAGCUCGAUCCGGAACCCACAGAGAAUCAUGUGUACCUCGCGCUGGUUUCAGUGCUUGCGCUCCUGUUGCUCUUCAUGGAGAUCAGAAGGAUCCUUCACUGCCCCGCAUCCUGCACCUUUGAGGAGGACAGGACGAAAUGCUCGGUGUGGACACUGCUUUUCCUGUUGCUGCCAGCCUUGAUCUUUGCGAUCACUUGCCUCAUGGUCGUGCAGGAUUUGUUCACAGGCAAUCUCCUGCAGGCGGGGCAGACGUCCGAUGAAGAUCUUUACGAUUAUUUGUGGCUGCGGAUCAAGAUGGAUCGUAGUCGUCUGGCCAUUAUCGUGAUUACGCUUUUCCUCUUCAACGUCUUGAUGCUGAAAUACCUACUGCUGCACUUUCCACAACUCCUUUCGGCAACGCAGAUCGUGUCGAGACCUCAGCUCCAAGCAAGGGCAACGAAGGCAAGGCCAAGAAUGUCCAGGCGAACCGCGCCGUUUAGACCGCAGGCUGUCGAUCUCGAGAGCACCAGAGCCGAAGACGGAGUCGCAAAUUCUGUUUCCACGGCAACGCAAUCAAGAUAG